AGCAGCUCUUUGUUUCAUAUUUUCUGUCAGUCAAAUGAAGCAAGGAAGUAUGCACCUGUAACUCGAACUGCUGAUUAUCCAAGCUCAUCGGAUAAGUCCCCGGCACGUGGGUCAAAACAUUUUUCUGAACGUUACUGCGGAAGGUGUUGUAAAAUUUCAGCGGAAAUGCGCCCAGAACUUGUUUGUUAACGUCGAGGCAAGGUUGAGUUAUCUGUUGAAAGGAGUUUCAUAUAACCAGUUGUAAUGGCCGUGAGGUACACUCUGAACUUGUCAGUUACCUGUCUGACCAGCACAGAGGCUGAUGAUUUUGAUGAGCAUAAAAGAUGGCAGAAGAAGACAAUGAAAGCAAGAAUCCUAAUUGGAGUUUUAACUGCCAUUUGCAGUAUACUCAUUGUGAUAUUAAUUGUAACCUAUGAGAGUGGUCAUAAAUAUUCCGCAUGCACAGAGCAAAAGAAUGAAAGAGCUGUCAGCAAUGACAUUAUCAAGUUUGUCCACUUUUCGGAUAUACAUUAUGAUCCUUUCUAUGACAAGACUAUACCCCAAAGAUCUUUUUGCCGAAAAAAAAUUUCAAAUAGUACAGCAAAGUACACAGCACAGUAUGGAAGGAUUGGGUGUGAUUCACCUAUUGAUCUUGUGCAAAAUUCCUUGGAUGCUAUACAGAAUGUCAGCAAGAUGGAGGAUGUUAGCUUCAUUUUGUUGACAGGUGACUUGUCAGGUCAUGGGAUGUGGACAUCUUAUGCUGGUCCACAUCGAGUAUUGGACAACAUUGCUCAAGUCAGCAACAGAACUCAUGCAAGGUUUCCAAAUAUUCCCAUCUUCCCAGUGGUUGGUAAUAAUGAUCUGCCAGGACAUUAUGUUUUACCAAACUCAAGCGACUGGUACAAAGAGCUUUUAACCUCAUGGGCUCCAUUGAUUUUGUGCUCCUCAUGUCCCAAUGAUGUAAAAAAGCCAACUACAUUGGUUGUUUUAGAAGAGAGUUUUUUGGAGGGUGGUUAUUACAAUGCCAGCAUUGCAAGUGGCAAGAUAGUGUUAUUAGUCUUAAACAGCCUUUACUGGUCUGUAGCAGUGGACCACAAUGCAGAAAUCUUUCAAAAGGCUGUCCAGCAGUUAACAUGGAUAGAAUACCAGUUAGAAAUUGCAGCAAUGCGAGGACAAAAGGUGAUAUUGGUGGGCCACAUCCCUGCAGGAAUCGAUACUUACGACGGCAAGUCCUACUGGUUCAGUAACUACACUAGUAGAUACGUUAGUCUUGUUGCAGAAAAGUACAGUUCUUUUGUGACUGCCCAGUUCUUUGCUCAUUCACAUAAAGACGAUUUCCGUCUUCAGAUGUCUAUGACAGAAACUGAGGACGCUCAACAAGGAGCAAAGAAGGCGUUUGUGCUUCUUGCACCCGCCAUAUCUCCUGUCUACCAUAACAACCCAGCAUUCAGAGUAGUCUCUCUGGACACUGACCAACUUGCCCUGCUGGAUUACACACAGUAUUACAUGGACUUAGUCAUGGCUACAGAGUUCGCUAGCCCGAUCUGGCAACUGGACUACACUUUUAGUCAGAAGUACCCAUCUCAGAGUGAGCUUCUCGACGCCGACAGAAUCAACGAACUGAAUGAACAACUUAUAAACCAAACAAGUAACAAGGUCUGGAAAGGAUACGCGUUCUCGCGCGAGACAAAUUAUCAGCCGGAGCCAUAUUCUAGAUUUCAGCUUUACUGCGGAAUGCGGUUUGUUCAUAAGGAGGAUUUCCAAAGAUGUAUUGAAGAGUAUAAUGUCCCUGGUGGUUAAGGCAAUUUUUAGUUGAAUGACGAAGAUGAUCCACAUUCCACUGCUUUUGUUUUAAUUCCCUCAUGUGAUUGGUUAGAAAAAAAAAAACUCGCGCUAUCCUCUAAACUAAUCAGAUGCAAAAAGAACUGCCACAUGGCCAAUCGCAUUUUCCGGCGCCCUGUGGUUUGCUUUUUUCGUUUUUAAUCGCCACACGCUCCUAGUUGUGUUCUCGUCCGCUCUGUUCGGCCCUUGUGAUUAUUUUGACUUUGUUGUAGAUGCCCGAAAGUGUUUAUCAGUCCCAGCUUCUUUUUCAUGUUUCUUCGUUAUAAGGACAAGGAGACCGUCAUGGAAGGAAGUAAUCAAAGCGUUUUUUUUUUUUCAAGGAAUUAAUAAUUUGCAAAAAGAGUGCUUUCUAUUUUUCUUCCUGAAAAAAAUACGAGGUUUUUAGCGGUAAAUUCUGGGGAAACUUCUCCAGCGAUGUUUGUUUUAGCUUUUGUCCGUGGGGAGAAAUCAGUUUGCUUGAGACCCAGAUGGUUGAGAACUUUGUGGUCCAUAACGACUAUUACGUCUUUCACACCACGAAUUUUUCAAGUUUACUACUCAGUGUUUGAAUUAAUUAAAAAAAUGGUACAUGUAGGAAAUGACACAUUUAAGUUUUAUUAGAUUAAUAAUUUAACAAAAUUUUAAACUUUUAACUUUGCAAAUAAAAUGUACAUAUUCAAAUACCAAUUUUCUAAGCAUGUAAAAGGUAAAAUUAAACUUACCGCAAACAAACAGGUGUUCU